AUGUCAGACCCGGGCAGAGUUCCUCUUAUAUAUAUAACUUUGGCUUGGACAUAUAAGAAGCUAUUGACGGGGAGUUGCAGGGAGCUGAGGAAGGCGGGAUGCAAAGCUGCUAGAAUAUAUACCACCCUCCCCAUCCAUGUAACGACGAGUAGCUUGGAGAAAACUGGAGACGAGAAACUCUCUCCGCCCCGUAAAGUUGCUCGACCGCGCCGUCGACGAAUCAGCAGGCAGAUGGUCGCUCUUUGCUUCUUCCCAAGAGGCGUUUCUUUGCCUGCUCAAAUGAUAAUCUGUCCCAGGGAGACAAAGCGAGGAAGCAACCAGCCACAGAGAGCGAGACAUAUUAAGGACCUGCAAGAGGUACGAGGACAGCCGUCGUCAUGUCGUCGCUUGCUCAAGCUGUCAGCGAUGUACCCGUACCUCAAGAACGGCUCGCAUCUUGUUCCUCCAGGUGGAUACGAGGCUGCAUGA